UCGACGACCAGCAACAUCAACUCCACGACAACCCAACGACCCUUGCCCGCUGCGUUCCUGGUGAAGGGCUGCAGAGUUAGAGGUGAGUUUCAACUUAUUGCUUGCUUGCAUUCUGUCUUUCAAUUUCUUCCGACUUUCGAGAAGUUGGUGGUCGUCGGUGUUCGUGACAGUUCGUUGGCGAUUCGGUAAAAUUUGAGUCGGAAAAGGGCAACAACAGAAGACAACGAUACAUCAAGGCAGCGCAAUUCGGCUUUCCUUCGAAGAAUAAUUCGUCUACUUGGUUGACGACUGCUGGCUACGACUGUUGGUUCGACACUGUUUGGUUUGAAGACUCUUGCGAGCACUUGAUAUCAGGACUUGGGACUUCUACGAACGAACGGAAGAAAUUGAAGGCAGACGCAGGAGACCGAAUUGCCUGGCUGACUGGAUUUACGAUAGUUCCCUACAUCAACCGCAAACAUGGGUAUCUCACGCGACUCCCGCCACAAGCGUUCGGCCACCGGUGCGAAGAGGGCCACCUACCGCAAGAAGAGGGCGUUCGAGAAGGGUCGCCAGCCCGCCAACACCCGUAUCGGUGCUAAGAGAAUCCACCUGGUCCGCACCCGUGGUGGUAACCGCAAGUUCCGUGCCCUCCGUCUCGAGUCGGGCAACUUCUCGUGGGGUUCCGAGGGCAUUUCCCGCAAGACCCGUGUCAUCGUUGUGGCCUACCACCCUUCCAACAACGAACUGGUCCGCACCAACACCCUGACCAAGUCCGCCGUCGUUCAGAUUGAUGCCGCUCCCUUUAGACAAUGGUACGAGGCUCACUACGGCCAGCCCGUCGGCCGGAGACGCCAGCAGAAGACCGCCGAGACCACCACCGAGAAGAAGAGCAACAGCGUCGUGAAGAAGCAGGCUGCUCGCUUCGCCGACCACGGCAAGGUCGAGCCCGCCAUCGAGAAGCAGUUUGAGUCCGGUCGUCUGUACGCCGUCAUCGCCUCCCGCCCCGGCCAGAGCGGUCGUGUCGACGGUUACAUCCUGGAGGGUGACGAGCUGGCUUUCUACCAGCGUGCUAUCCGCAAACACCCACAACACACCCCUCACCCCCUCCCUCCCCGCACCCUACCGACACCCCUCCCAAAAGCGCACAUCCUCAUCCACUCUGGCGACCUCACAACAAUCGGCAGCUACAAAGAACACACCACCACCCUAGCAACCCUCAAAUCCCACCCCGCAGAACUAAAACUCGUCAUCGCCGGCAACCACGACAUCACCCUCGACGAGGAAUACUACGCCGCCCUCCCGCCAAGCAGUUUCAAAACCUGGUCCGGGCGAGAGGAUCCCGCAGCCAUAAAACAACUCUACUGCAGUGAUGACGCGCAAGCCGCAGGGAUACGCUACUUGGACGAGGGAAUGCAUUGUUUUACCCUGAGUACCGGGGCGCAGUUGAGGGUGUUUGCGUCGCCGUAUACGCCGGCGUUCUGUGGGUGGGCGUUUGCGUAUCCCCGCGGGAGCGAUAGGUUCAAUCCCCUUCCGGAGGGAGCAUCAGCAUCAGCAUCAGCAUCAGCAUCAGCAUCAGCAUCAGCGUCUGGCCCUGCGGGUGGUGAUGUAGGGGCAGCAGCAGGGGCGAGUGUAGUGCCCGACUUCCCUUCUGUGGAUAUCAUGAUCACGCAUGGUCCGCCGGCGGGGGUGCUUGAUACGGUCGUUAAUGGGGGCAGUGUAGGCUGCGAGGCGUUGUUUGCUGCUGUGAAGCGGGCGAAGCCGCGGGUGCAUGUCUUUGGGCACAUACAUGAGGGGUAUGGGACGAAGGUGGUGUGCGAUGAGGAUAGGGUGCGCGAGGAGCGGGGCGCGUAUGUGGAUGUUAGCGCUGACUCGGGGCGGCCGCUGCGGUUUGGGGAGGAGACGUUGUUUGUGAAUGCGAGUAUGCUGGAUGAGAGGUAUAGGGCUGUGAAUGCGCCGUGGGUGGUGGAUUUGGAUUUACCGGUUGCCUCGUAGGUACUGUGCUACGGAGUAUGUAUAUUACGGAGUACAGGUUUGUGUCUACAGAAGCAGCAGGUUGACAAUCAAUUAUUUGCUAUAAUUGCAGAGGUAUCUAGGGAAGGUAUCAAUCAUGAC